CUUUGACCGUCGUACCAUUUACUCUCUCUCUCUGCCUGUCUGUCUGUCUCUCUCUCUCUUUCCUUCACCCCUCUCGAACUCCUCCUUUUCGCCGCUCCCCCAGAGAGCAGAAAGCAAAGAAACCGAGAAACAAUUAAACCCACAAAAGAAAAACAGGAAAGAAAGAAAAAGACAGAGAGAAAAAGAAAAAGUUUCGAUAAAAGUAACCCCUGAAGAAGAAGUUAUUGUUAUAUAAAUUCAUAAAUUUUUAGUCUCUCUGAAACUCGGCAAUCCCUUCAAGAUUUUAAAGCUCGAAACUUUUCGUUAACUCGCUCUCAUUAUUAUUACAACUCUCAGUAUCGCUCUCUCUUAACUUCUCUUUCUUUGAUCCGACGGCCACGAUCGUACGCUUACGCCUCUUCUCACUCACUCAAUCUCUCUACUGAUCAAUUUGCAUCUCAUAAACAUGGGGCUCAGCGAGCCUAAUGGUCACAGCAGACUGAGAAGAAACGAUCAUCCUGUCCAAGAAAAUGGUGAUUCUGAUUUAUCUAGUGUUGGUGAUGAGUUAGAUCCGUGGACAGCAUGGGCAUACAAGCCUCGUACCAUUUCAUUCUUGCUUAUCGGUGCAUGCUUUUUGAUUUGGGCAAGUGGAGCUCUUGAUCCUGAAAGCACUGCUUCUGGAGAUCUUGUUACAUCUGUCAAAAGGGGUGUAUGGGCGAUGAUUGCAGUUUUUCUUGCUUACUGCUUACUGCAGGCACCUUCUACGGUUCUCAUUAGACCACAUCCUGCUAUUUGGCGUUUAGUUCAUGGAAUGGCUGUCAUUUACCUUGUAGCUCUCACAUUUUUACUUUUCCAGAAGCGUGAUGAUGCUCGUCAGUUCAUGAAGUUUCUCCAUCCUGAUCUUGGUGUUGAACUUCCAGAAAGGUCAUAUGGUGCUGAUUGUCGCAUUUAUGUGCCCGAAAACCCCACGAGCAGGUUUAAGAAUGUUUAUGAAACACUUUUUGAUGAAUUUGUUCUAGCACAUAUUUUUGGAUGGUGGGGAAAGGCUAUAUUGCUCCGUAAUCAGCCACUUCUAUGGGUUCUGUCAAUUGGAUUUGAGUUGAUGGAGUUUACUUUCCGCCACAUGUUACCGAACUUCAAUGAAUGCUGGUGGGACAGUAUAAUUCUGGACAUUUUGAUCUGCAAUUGGUUUGGCAUCUGGGCGGGAAUGCAUACUGUUAGGUACUUUGAUGGGAAAACAUAUGAGUGGGUUGGUAUAAGCCGCCAGCCUAAUAUCUUUGGGAAGUUUAAACGAACGUUGGGACAAUUUACACCAGCACAGUGGGAUAAAGAUGAAUGGCACCCAUUGCUUGGUCCAUGGCGGUUUAUUCAAGUUCUCAGUCUUUGCAUUGUCUUCUUGACGGUUGAGCUUAACACCUUUUUCCUAAAGUUUUGUCUUUGGAUUCCUCCUCGAAACCCUGUGAUCAUUUAUAGAUUGAUCUUGUGGUGGCUAAUCGCAAUACCAACAAUUCGUGAGUACAAUACAUACCUCCAAGACAGAAAACCAGUGAAGAAGGUUGGAGCAUUUUGUUGGCUUUCCCUUGCUAUUUGCAUUAUUGAACUUCUAAUUUGCAUCAAGUUUGGACAUGGCCUGUACCCUAAGUCUAUGCCUUUAUGGUUGGUAAUGUUCUGGACAUCUGUUGGAGUGGUUCUAGGAACGUUCUUGAUUUUGUGGUCAUACAAGAGUUUGUGUAGAAAGAGACGAUGAUUUUGGCCAUGUGGUACAUUAUUCUUUGAUUUCUUCGUGCUCUUAUGGGUAUUCAUCGGGUGUUGUAAAUACCUCUCUUUAUAAGUUGUAAAUGGUUAUUCCCUUAGGUUAGUGGAUCACAGUUUCUUGAGCAGAGAAUAUUAAUUAUUUCUUGUUAGGUAGUGGGAAAUGCUUCUAACAUCAAGCUCUUGAGUCGUAGUUUGCCAAUAUUUUCAAUUGGCAAUUUUUUAUCUAGUCAUUUUUUAAUUUUACCUGUAUUUUUCCUUCUUCCAGUGCAGUUUAUUUCAUCUCAAUUUAUUCAGUGCAUAUGCCAAUGUUGCACUUGAAUGUCAUAGCAAAUGGUGAAGCCAUUUUUCUGUUAUGUAAUACUUAUCGAAGCAUAAACCUUCUAUGUUAUACAACCCUGAUCUUACUUUUCA